CGUCAGCUGUGAUAAGGAGGAGAAGAAGGACCACUUGGCAACACUUUAUCGUCGGGGGAAAGUUUGCGAUAAUGAGACGUAACUUACGACUCUACUUACGACAUUAGAUAUCAGUAGUAGUAGUCUGCGACGGAAGGGGCGUGUCGGUUCGUGGGAUUCAACGAGGCCUGUUACUUAGGUUAAAUAGCUUCCCAAUGGAAUUUGAAAGUGACUUCUCCCAGUCAGAAGAAUACAAGAGUUUCCGUUGCACGGUACCACUCAGGCAGAUUGUGGUCGACAAUGACGCGUUAAAGGUGUGGAAACUAUACGACGCGGGUCCCAGAUGCGUGCGAUGCCCGCUGAUCUGCUUGCCGCCAGUGAGCGGCACAGCGGAUUCAUUUUACAAGCAGGUGCUCCCCUUAACAGCGAGAGGUUACAGAGUGAUAUCGGUCGAGUAUCCCGUUUACUGGUCCGUUAAUGAAUGGUGUGAGGGCUUCAGGCGACUUCUGGAUAUUCUGGAGAUUGACAGGGCGCACAUACUUGGAGCGUCCCUGGGAGGUUUCUUAGCACAAAAGUUUGCCGAGCUAACCAGUAACUGUCCCCGUGUUGCAUCCCUGAUUCUCUGCAAUUCCUUCACCGACACCAAAGUGUUCAAUUACGCUGAUUCUGCCCCUGUGUUCUGGAUGCUGCCUGCGACUCUUUUGAAGAAGAUGAUCAUUGGCCGUUUCCCACGGAAACUCAUGGAUGCGCAGAUUGCAGACUCCAUAGAUUUCAUGGUAGAACGGUUGGACAGUCUGAGUCAGAGUGAAUUAGCCUCAAGAAUGACUCUGAACUGCUUUUCUUCGUACGUUGAACCUCAGAAAGUGCAGGUAGAAGUUACGAUUCUGGAUGUGUUCGACGAGUCUGCGUUGUCGCACUCGGUCAAAGAAGAAUUGUACAAGUGCUACCCGACGGCUCGUUUGGCUCACCUCAAGACUGGAGGGAAUUUCCCGUUCCUCUCUCGAGCGGAGGAGGUCAACAUCUACAUACUAGUCCAUCUCCGAGGGUACGACGGCACAAACUUGAGUGCCUCAGACACAGGGACCCCCGUGGAUCGGUAACCCUAUCAAAGAGACACAGCAGGACCCAACCAGUUCUUGCUUCAGUGGUCUUCUUCUUUCAGGCAGUCUUGAGAAAAACAUUUGUGUUCUUGUAUUACCUGCAAGGAACGGAAGGUAGGAUUCCGUUGUGGUAAUACUUUUCCA